AAGACGCUUCUCGCCAAGGCUGUUGCAAACCAAACAUCUGCUACUUUCCUUAGAGUUGUUGGCUCUGAACUUAUACAAAAAUAUCUAGGAGACGGCCCCAAGUUGGUUCGCGAAUUAUUUAGACUGGCCGAAGAACAUGCACCUAGCAUUGUAUUUAUUGAUGAAAUAGAUGCAGUUGGUACUAAGAGAUAUGAAUCCAAUUGUGGAGGAGAGCGAGAAAUACAAAGAACAAUGCUAGAGAUGUUAAAUCAAUUAGAUGGGUUCGACUCUCGUGGUGAUGUUAAGGUUAUCAUGGCGACAAACCGUAUUGAAACUCUGGACCCAGCUCUUAUUCGGCCAGGAAGGAUAGAUCGCAAGAUAGAAUUCCCCUUACCUGAUGAAAAGACUAAAAGGCGUAUCUUUGGUAUUCACACAAGCAAAAUGACCCUGGCUGAAAACGUCAACCUAGAAGAAUAUGUGCAAUCCAAAGAUGAACUUUCCGGAGCCGACAUCAAGGCUAUUUGCACGGAAGCCGGACUCUUGGCGUUAAGAGAACGACGAAUGAAGGUCACUGAUGAAGAUUUUAAAAAGGCCAAAGAGAAUUCUGUUUUUAAUCAUUUCCGUUCCGUGAUUGCUCUAACGACUGUAAAUUUUCUCAAUUGA